AUGGGGCUCUGCCAAUCAUGCCUAGGACGGCGACAGAAGGACGUCUACGAUGAGAGCGAGGAGAACCGGCUCCUGUACGAUGACGGAAAUGGGAUGCAGUACGGCAGCUUUGGCGACGCCGCGCUCAAUGGAGAAGGCGACACUGCAGAGGCCCAGCGAGAGAACGAGGCGCUGCAGAGAGUAGUCGCAAAGACAUCCAACAACAUGGUCGACAUCUUCGAAAUCGCUCCGCAGGACCCCAUCGGCCGAACCUCGACGACGACGCUCUUUGCUUACGCUGGCCAAGGUGCUCGGGUGGCGCGCUACCACCAUCUCGUAUCGAAACUCAGCACACAAGAGGAUAGCCCUCCCGCCGGUAUCAAAGUUGACUGGCUUGCCGACGAGGAUGCCGGCGAACUACAUGGCGAGCGCCCAGCCAGCCUAAGAACACUCGACGAUGACGAUGCGGCACUUGUUGGUACUUUUGCGGAUGCGGCCGCGGCCAUGAAGUAA